UUUUUUUUUUUCUAUCCUAUUAUUUUUUUAAUUAACUACAAAAACCAUGUCUGAUUUUGGUGACUUUAAUACUUCUAGCGACCCUACUUCUGAUUUCCUUGCUCGUGAACGUGCUGCUUUAGGAGCAGAUGCUGACUUAUUCAAUAUGGAUGCUCCUAUUACUACUACCAAUACUACUGACUUCCCUGCCAUUACUGCUGAUACUUCUUCUUUCCAACCAUCAUCUUCUUUUGACAACUCUCUUGCUUUGACUUCUUCUUCCAAUGAUGCUUUGGCUGUUACUUCUACUUCCAACGACUAUUCUGCAUUUGACUCGGAUUUCCCUAAGGCUGAAGAAUUAGAAACUUCUCAGGCUUUCCAUAAAGCUAUGUUACCCGAUGAAGAACCUGCUGUUGUCCGUCAAUGGCGUGAAAAGCAACAGGAACUGAUUGCACAACGUGACCAAGAAGCUGAAAAUAAGAAACAAGAAACUAUUCAAAAAGCUAGAGAAGAUAUUGAUCGAUUCUAUGAAGAAUAUAAUGAAAAGAAACAAAAAUCCAUUGAAGAAAACAGAGCAAGAGAAGAAAACUAUCAAAAGGAUCGUGAAGAAACUUCGAGUUCCAACAAUAUCUGGGAACGUGUUGUACGUGAAUUUGAUGUUACCAAUGCCAAAUCUGGACAUCAUACAAGAGACGUCAGUCGGAUGAAACAAGUCAUGUUGGAUUUACGUAAAGUGGAUAAUGCACCUGGAAACAUUAUUACUCAAGCUUAAGUUUAGAAUCUUUUUUUUUCUUUAUUUGUGUACGCCACUUUAUACAUUUAUAUAUGUAUCUUUUUAUCAAGUAGUAGUUUAUUCUCGUUAUAAAAUUUUCAUUAUUCUCUAUGAUCUAUUUUUAUUAUAUCACAAUAAAUAAAAGAAAAAAAAAAUUCUUCUUUGAUUCUGGCAAG